GCCAACCUCGGGGGACGCGAACUGUUGAGCUUUCCUUAGUUCAUUUUCGCCGUGCCUCGUCUGGUCUGGGUCCGUCAUGAUGCUCCUUAAUAUCCUCAACAAUCCCAAACUCCAACCUCGGCAACACGGUCACAUGAUGCCAACCGGACGGAAAGUGCGCACGUGACCAUGACGUAUUGUUCGGCAAUUUGCACUCUUUUUGCUACAAUCUCGAUGUUAAACAACAUCAAACUAUUUGCGAACAGUGUUACAGAGGACAACAAUGCUGUUUGCAAUUGCCUAUUAUAUAUGAGCAAUGGGGCUUUCAAUUGCCCCAUAAUGUAAAGCUGGAUAUAUAUCUCAUAGACUCUCUUUUCUCCCCAUGUCAUUUUGUUCUCUCUUCUCUAGUUUCAUUCCGUUGUAGCUUAUGGCUGCCAUUCUUUAACAUAUAACAUCAAUAAGCUUCAACAAAGUCCUACCAUGGUGUCACGCUGGCUGAGGCGAUUUUCCUCAACGCCGUCAUGGCGUUCCAACAACAACAAUGGCGCUCCUAACUCCCGAGAGGCGCCCUUUUCGGUAUUUCGAGAUGUACCCGCGCUCCGGCAAUACCGAAAGCAGCUGCUUCUGUCCAAGAGAACCGUUGGGUUAGUCCCUACUAUGGGCGCACUGCACGAUGGCCAUCUGUCUCUAAUCCGCCAAGCCGCUAUCGAGAACACGGACGUGUUUGUUAGUAUCUUCGUUAAUCCAACCCAAUUCGGAGUGAACGAGGACCUGGACAAAUAUCCAAGGACGUGGGAGGCAGACAUCCAGAAAUUAAAAGAACUAGACGAGGAGCUAGCAAGUGCAGCGUCUGGCGACGGGUGCCUCGCAAGGACUGGUUCGGUGCGAGGACGAAUCUCUGCAAUUUUUGCCCCGACGAGCAAUGUCAUGUAUCCGACGCUCCCACCAACCUCUGAGCUAGAUGGAUACGGCUCGUUCGUUACAAUCACGCCCUUAGCAACACUACUGGAGGGAGCUUCGCGGCCUGUAUUUUUCCGAGGAGUUGCCACCGUGUGCAUGAAACUGUUCAACAUCAUGACACCCGACCGAGUCUAUUUUGGCCAAAAGGAUGUGCAACAGACGGUCGUCAUUAAGCGGAUGGUAAAGGACCUACAUGUCGGGACUGAUGUGAAAUUAGGGCCUACAAUACGAGAAGCGGAUGGUUUGGCCAUGAGCUCGCGGAAUGUGAUGCUUGGUGCGAGACGACGCAAGGUCGGACUUGUAUUGUAUAAAGCGCUCAAGGAGGCGGAGAGGGCAUACUUGUCAGGUAAGCGGGCCCGAGAGGAGAUCCUGGGACCUGCGAACCGACUCGUGGAGUCCAUUGCUCGUGAACAACAAGCGCUGCCACCUUUGGAGCGGGCAAUAUUCGAGCUCGACUACAUUUCGCUCGCGGAUGUGGAUUCACUCGAAGAAUUGCAAGUUGUAGAUGGCUCGAAAGGUGCCGUCUUAAGCGGCGCUGUAAAAAUGCUACCCUUGGAAAGCCCGCAGCCUGGCGAGGAUUGCGGGGAGAAUGGGGGUGAUAACCCUGUGAGAUUGAUUGACAAUAUCAUUCUCUGAUGGCGGUUUUGAACGAUAUAUGAAUGGGAUGAAUUGUUUCGGCUGGUUUAUUUUUGAAAUAGACUAUCUAUGUUAUCUAUCAACCAAUGAAUUUCGGGCAGUUAUCUAAUGAGAUUAUUUGAAUAACCCUACGUUCUUAUCCACUCGCUGUAUGGUAUGGUCGUGAUUGGACUGUUGUGCAUGGGAGAAAAUACUCUAUCAGAUUGCUGUGGUUGGUGAGAAUUUAAGCUGUUCAAACCUGGAUCGUACUGACACUGACAUAGUGUUUAUGGGAAGGCGUAUCGAGAUAUUCUACUGUAGAAUAUUUUAAUAAAAUCCAUUCUCUUCAACAGCUACAGA